AUGAAAAAAUUCAAGGAAUGCAUUAAACUCAUUGGCGGUAUAGAAACAUCGGCUGGUUUAUCUUACGAUGUUUCCACUAGAUGGAAUUCUACUUAUUUGAUGCUUCAAAGUGCAUUGAAGUACCAACGUGUAUUUGCAAGCCUUAGUUUUCAUGAUGAUAAUUAUAAGGUUUUCCCUUCCGAAGAAGAUUGGAAAAGAGGAGAUAAGAUAUGCACAUUCUUGUUGCCAUUUUAUGAGACAACAAACUUAAUUUCCGGAACGUCUUAUCCUACUUCCAAUUUGUAUUUUUUGCAAAUUUGGAAAAUUCAGUGUGUUUUGAUGGCAAGCAUCAAAGAUGAAGACACUCUUAUAAGAGACAUGGCUAAAAGAAUGAUGAUCAAGUUUGAGAAGUAUUGGAGUGAUUAUAGUGUGGUUCUUGCUCUAGGAGCGGUUCUUGACCCAAGAAUUAAGCUUACCUCUUUGGAAUACAUAUAUGUGUGGCAACCUGUUAUGAUGCUUGAUUCACCGGUUGAAAUGGAUGUGAUAUACUUCUUUUCCGAUAUUGCUAUACUCAUGUUUUUAGAUAUUGCUAUUACUCAUAUUCUAAAUAACAAUGUGUCCAUGGUUGAGGAUUUUGCUAAAGCUCUACUGGAUUUGAAAGCACACAAACAACAACUUGCAACAGAGACCGGAAAGUCUCAACUUGAUGUUUAUUUGGAUGAGGCAAGUAUGGAUUUAAGUUAUCAAAAUUUUGAUGACUUGAAUGUUCUUCAAUGGUGGAAGGAGAAUUGGAAUAGGUUUAAAGAGUUAUCUUUAUUUGCUCGUGAUUUGUUAGGCAUCCCUAUUACUACUGUUGCAUUUGAAUCUGCUUUCAGUAUUGGUUCGAUCAUUCUAAACAAAUAUAGAAGUCGCUUGUUGUCGAAGAAUGUAGAGGCAUUAAUUUGUACUCGCAGUUGGCUUCACGGUUUCAACAGUCUUGAUGUAGUGGGUGAUGAUGAAGAUAAUGAUGAUGGAAGCUUGGCGAAAAGUAUUACAACUGAAGCAUCAUAUGUUCAUGACGUAGAUGAAGAUUGA